AUGGAGAAGCCAAUAUCUCUAUCAGAUAUCCAAUUCCCAUCCGCAUCCCAGAGCAUAUCCCACCUCCUUUCAGAUCUCCGGAGAUCAGCUCUAUCAAUUACAAAUAGGCUAAAGUCUAUAGAGACUGACGCCAUCUUCGUCCAAGAAACGUCGGAUCACUACGGUCUGCCGCUUGUUGCCAACGAGAGAUGUGGAAGCUGGUAUAUCCCACCGGACAGGAAGGUCGGCAGCUCCUAUUUUAAAAGCACGGAUGGCCACAUGGGACAGUGGGAUUUUAGUCUCAGACGGCUGAAUAUGCAGGUUUUGGAUGUCUUGAAGUGUCAUGGCGGAUGUGUGAUUGUUGAUUCGACUAGAAGGGGUAAAAUUCAAUUUCCGUCUUCAUAUCUUGGAGAAUCAGAAGAAUCUCAGAUUGAAAACAAAAUAAACGAUUUUGUAGAGUCGUUUAAAACAUUAAAUUUGGAUGUUGAAAGUGUAAAAUAUAGAUUGGGAAAACCCAUUCGUCUCGUCUGGGCAGCCAGGGAUUAUUUUGCAGAUGAUGAAGAACAUGCCGAGUCGCAUUUACUAGUUCUCUGCUCGGCAUCUAGAUGCGUUCGUGGAGCCGAAAUGUCAGAAGGCGGAUACAUCCAGGGUGCUGGUGAUGAUAGCGAAGGGUGGGCCCAUGGUCUUACACCUCCUAUAUUUUGGAAGUAUAAAGCUGAACUGAUGGCGGCGGGGGAGUCAGCCCUUCCUGACCUUAUUAAGCAACUGAUUGAAAAAGAGCGCAAUUCACCUUCUGCUAAUAGAAGAUACUUGGUAAAACCGACGAAUAAUAUAUAUAUUGGGAAAAGAGGUGGGACUGGUGAUGAGCUCUCGCCCUUCGAUCUGGUUAUCGAUUGUGCAGGCAGCGUUGGUUCCACUGAAUCGCCCAAAUUGCUGAAUCUCAACUGUCCACCUGGAAAAUUAGGAAGUCGACAGCUUAGAAAGGUCCUUGGAAAGGUUGAGAGCUUCGUAUCUCGCCAUCUAGCCGCUAAUUCAUCGAUACCCAUCCUUAUCAUGUGUGCAGAUGGUAAAGAUAUAUCUGUCGGAACAGCCUUGAUGGUACUUUGUUCUUUUUUUGAUGACGAAGGGAAAUAUAGCGGACCUUGCGACAAGUCCCGAAUAAACAAGCAGUUUAUUCGCCAGCGCCUAGCGUGGAUCGUCAUGUCAAAGGAAGAUAUCAACCCUUCAAGACCGACACUUCAAUCAGUUAACUCGUAUCUCAUGGACAACAGAUAG